AUGGUUGAAGCUUGUUCGGCUAAUAAACUGCAGAUCCUGGAACUGCUAUUGUACGAGCAUCUUGACCCAAACACUACAGACGCAUAUGGCAGAACCCUACUAGAAUUGGCAGCUGGCGGAGAUCAUCUGGACGUAGGCAAUCUUUUAUUGGAGGCUGGUGCUGAAGCAGAGACAAAAUCAGCCAUAAGAACUCCUCUUUUGACAGCCACCAGAAUGGGCAACACCGAAUUCGUGAACCUUCUGUUGCAUGCUAAUGCAAAUCCUAAUCGUUGCUACUGUGUUCGACCUGGAUUUCAAAAAUGUUGGACACCUUUGAUUUGUGCUGUUCGCCACGACGUGGAUUACGAUUACGGACAUGCAACUAUCGUUCCCAUGCUCAUUAAAGCGGGAGCAGACGUGAACUACAGCUGUGAUAGCAUGCCACCCUUGGUUGCUGCAGUCGAGCAGUCGAGUUAUCACAUCAUGUGGUACCUGCUUCAAGCUCAGGCAAAUCCGAAUGUCACGAAUCGCAAUUUGAAGCCAGUUUUGCAUAUUGCAGUCAAAAGAAACGAUCCUACUGCUAUGGAAAUGUUGCUUCAGAACUCUGCUGAUAUAGAAUUGAGAGAUGCUCAGAAUCGAUCAGCCGAGCAGCUUGCAGCCAGUGCUGCUUUGAGAGAAAUGCAAGCUUUUGAAAUGCUCAUUCGUGGUUACAAGAGAACUUUUCGUGACUUCAGUACUGCAGAGAACAAGGCGAGGAAAAGACGCGAUUGCAAUGCUUGGUCUAACCACAUGGAUGAUAUCAAUUCGGAUGACAAUCGUUCAGAGGAAGAUUGGAAAUCAGACAAUCCCGAAGAAGAUUUGCAGCAAAUCAGUGCCAAACACUACAUGACAGACGAACUUGCUUCCAGAUGGUACAGAAUGAUGUUGAAGACAGUCGAGCUUCUGACAGAUGAUUGUCUUGCAGUUCUGCCUUCUUACUUUGGAGGACCCAGACAAGCUCGUUUAUCUCGUGAGAUCGAAUUGACAUCUGUGGUUCAGAAGCUGCAAGAUUUGAGCUCCGACAUUGUCGACAUGUGCAACGAUAAAUUACUUUCAAAAAAACAGUCUGAGGCAUUGACUGAAAGAAUCCGCAAAAAACGCAAACUUCUGAAAGGUUUUCAUUUGCUGAUCAACCGCUACACGUACAACAAGAAUCAUGGAAUCUCUUUUCACGAUGACAUUAAAGAAGGAUAUGAUGUGGACAAAGAUCCCAUUACUUCUUUCUCCUGCCGACUCGGGUCUUUGCUGGUUAUCAUCUCCAGCAGAGCACCAGAGAAACAAGAGAAGACCGAGGGCAAACGUGCGUUUGUUGUGUAUCAGCCUCCGGGAACAAUUCUUGUGAUGGGCGGCAAGUUUCAGAGAGCUUACAAACAUGGUGUACCAAGUUUUCAGGAGAUCAAAGAGCUUCUUGCUUGUGCAGACGACUUGACUACUUGGGACGGUGUGAAACUAAAAUUGGAGUGGUUUUCGAAUUCGAAAGACUUGAUGCGACAGGAAGUUAGACGUAUUGACGCCUUGAAUCUGGUCAACGAGCAAGACGCACGUUGGAACGUCACAAUGCGAUGGGUGAGAAAUCAUUCACAGCCUUUCUGUCCUCUAAAUCCCCGACUCUUGGCAAAUAUCAGUCGACUGGAUGAAGAAAAUCAUCAGCGGAGGAAUCAGCUGAAGCAGCUGAAACUGUUGAACCCGGUAUUGCAGAAAAAAACUGCAGAGCCAAAGGCAAAGGCCGCUAGCCCGGCAUUUGCUUGGAACCCGCCCGGAGGAAACAGAGCUCGUCCAAGCAAAAGCGGAACACAGGAUGUGAAUCCGGGGAGGGAAACCGAGGAGAAAGAAUCGGAGAAAGAUUCAGAAAAGGAAUUAAAUGAGAUAUUUGACUUCGUUUCUAUUAUUUCUGAUGCCCUGGAGCUGCAGAUAUUAUCAGACGAUCAGAUGAUUGGCAUGGCAUUGUGUGCCAGCCAGCAAAUUCGCAAACAUCGUCUCUCCACAUUUCAGAAACAGUACAAUCUUGGUUACAAUUUGUACAACAAGAUUUCGGCAGCGAAUAUGAAAGUGAAAGAGGAUUUAGACCCGUUACUCGAGGCUGUAGAUCGGAAACUGAGGAGAUUGAAAAACUUGCAGAUGCUUAUUGAGCUUUUGUGGUUGGACAGCGAAGGUCAGGGCAAUUUCAUGAGCUGUACUACUCUGAACCAGCAGCACGAGUUCAACAAGUCAAAUGAUCAUCUGGAUCGGGUUGUGAUGUCCUUCUUUGACUUGAACGAAUGCUUGCCUGUGGACGGCUUUUUGAGCUGGGAUCACAUGAUUGAUGAAGGAUGGCUGGUGUUCAAUUUCGACACUUUACAGGACAAUCGAAAACCCAAAGCGGAGGUAACAAAAUCGAAGAAAGGUUCACCGGUCGUAGCUGAUGUCACAAUGACAGGGAUCGUCAAAGUGAGCCAAUUUGACAUCCUGUAUAUCAAGAGAGAAAAUAUUUUGCCAGAGCAAUUCCCUUUGCGAGUGACAUUUCUUGCUGAUGCAUCAAAGAAUGUUGCUGCAAAGUGCAAGGACAAGCAAUCUUUGAGCAGUCAGGAACAAUUGAAACUGUGGAUGCAACAGCUGAUGAACUUCGUCGCGGAAUUGGAGGCAUCUCUCGACUCAUUCUGUAUGGCUAGUUCGGCAGCGGCGAAGCCACGAGCCCGUCCUCGCAAAGUCAUUGCGAUCCAAGACCUUGAUGCACUAAAAGCCAAAAAGCAACAGCUAAAACAAGAUCUCAAAGAGAUGAAUAAAACGGUGAAGGUGCAACAGCAGAAGAAAAGACGUCUCAUGAAAGCUGCUCACAAUUUGCACGAUGAGGACCUUUUAUGGCUUCUACGUGAACGUCAAACCCAACGAAGUGAAGACCCUAAUUCUGCUCAGGAUCAAAAUGGAGAUGCGGCUGAAGAUUUAUCUGCUGAGAAUGUCGAGCCCAAUGAGACAGUGAAUAGUGAGGAACAUGUGAACAGAACCAGUGACGGUGCUCAAUCGAAUGAGUGA